CUACGCCAUUCGACGUAUGGUGUGUGGGUGGAAGAGCAGUCAGUACGAUAAACGACCGCUUGGCGGCGUGGAACAACACUACAGCUUGGGACAGACUAAUAUUUAAUGCGACGAUAAAGUACCCACCGACCAGUUGCUAGCUGCAUAGUGUUGAAGAUCCUCUUUGUUCCCUACCAGAAAACAUAAAAAAAAUAACUUUAUACAUCCUCUGAUUGUUCUUUGGUUUUAGAGUGAAUGACUAAAAUGGCAACGAUCAGGCCAAUUGCUUUGAUCGUGACGUUUGCGUUAAUAAAUUACUGUCAAUCGUUCUUGCUGCUUCCAGGAUUUUUUCCAGGAUCACAAAAUUUAGUAUCUGUUCAUCGUCGUCAGAGCGAACAAAUACCACGACAUUUACCAGAAGUAUCAGAACCUGUGCCAUCGUGCGCAGAAUUGAGAGCCAUGUGGCGCCAUAUGAAUAGAAUGGCUAGACACAGCGAAUUGACUAACGAAAUCCCUCAAUUUCCAAAUACAUUAGAUCAGAUAAUGCCGAUGAGGGAAUAUCCCGAUUAUAUAGAAUAUCCAAUAGGGAAAAUCCGGACAAGACCAGAAGGUAGAAGACAACCCACGAGAUCCACCAAGACCAGGAUAGGUUUAUAUUCGGGACAGGUAUAUCCAGGAAGCAGGAUGAAUAUCCCUGGACGUUUUGGAGGGCCAGCAUUACCAGAAGAUAUGCUCGGUAAUUAUGGAACUAUUGUGAAUAGUCCCGCUGAAAAACAACGCGUUAAGAACGAACAGUUGUUUAACAGACUUGAAUUGCAAGUGGGUAGCUCCCUACCAGAAAUUGGAACAUUUAAACUCUUUCCUGACGAAGGGGACAAUGCUUAUAGAAAUAAAUAUAAAUAUGGUAACGUAAGAAACAUGGAUUCAACUCGAGAUCCGAGUGUUGUCAUCAUUCCAGCUUUGGCAGAUGUGGAAGGAGAACCAUUUACUUAUCAAACGAAAUCUAUUGCAAGACAAAAGGCAAGCUGCAAAAGAUUUGAAGGUAAAGUUUGCAAAAGACGAGAAGACUGUCAUUGUUCUCGUAAUCAACUGCAAUGUGUAGAAGGAACAUGUCUCAGAAGCCCCAAACCUAGUAAAGAAUCUCUUCAGAAUCCUCAGAAUCUUACAAAUUUAUUACAGAGUAAUUGUUCCUUUGGGAUGUCUUAUAUCCAAUUUUCAUCUAAUUAAUGGCAAAGGAUAAAGAUUUCGUAUUUAUAAAUGAUGUGCUAAAUAUCUUCAUACGGUAAUUUCUUUAUAAGAGUCUAAAUUCGAUUCAGUAAGCUGACAAUACUAUUAUUGUUUCGUCCAUCACAAUUGGAUUAUGGAGUCAGUCAACUUGUUAUCGGAUUAUUGCAAAGAGAAUUUUUUUACUAUUUAUAGAACUAUUGAAAAAAUUGAUCAUCUUUGGUAAUGGAAGCAAAAUCCGGAAAUCGAUAAGUUGUAUUGAAAUUCCGAAACAACAGGUAAUCACUCCCAGCAGGUUGGUUAUUAUGCCUUACUAUGUAUGCCAAACUUUGUAGAGUAACACUUAAAUUUAUUAUUAAAGUCUAGUUAUAUCUACGAAAUUGUAACAAAUAAUCUAUAAGUAAUGAUAUAAUAUACGAAAAAUAGGAAUAAAUCUAUUAUGAAUUUAUCGUUACUUUCCGAAAAGAUUCGCUUUACUUUUUAAUUAUUCAACCAGUAGGUCGCGAUCCCAAAGAAGUAUUAACCAAAACUGUACGGAUAGAAAACACCGUCGUAAACUUAUGUGAACAGAAAAGGGAAAAAAUGUUUUUUCCGUAACUUGUAAUCCAUAUUAAAUGGAUUUUGAUGAUAUUGAUUGAUUGAUAAUUUAAUAGGAAACCAAUAUCAAAUGGCAAUACUCAGAUUUCAUUGUAGCAGAAAUAGGAGAUGUAAUGUUAGAUCGAUAAUCAAUUUUCUGCUAUAAUUCGUAUCUAAGUUGUAUUAUAUUUCAACAGAAAAUAUAAUUGAGUAAUAUUUUUUUUUAAUAAAAAUUACUUUUGUAGAAUUAACUUGUUGAGUUUGAUAAAAAAAAUAAUUGAAUAACACAAUUCUUGAUAGUUCAUUACGCGCCUAUCUGUAACUAAUGAAAGGGCCAGAUUUACAUAUAAACUAUACAGCACAGGGCCUUGCGCUUUUAAAUUUAUUAUUAUUGGAAAUGCCACUUAAGUAUUACAGCAUAAAAUUCCGCUCUGACUAACCAUAAAAGCUCAACUUUAAUCUAAAUAAUAGUUUAUUUUGUAAAAUUCCUGAUUCAACAUGUUAUAAUAAAUUUAUAAAUUUAGCUUAUUAAAUUUAAAAAGCCAAUAAAUAAUUUUUAUAUAAAUUGUUUAAUUAAUUUCGAUAGAUUAUAUUC